AUGAUCCUCGGCAAGGACCUGAGGGUGGCGCUCGCUGUCUGCGCUGCCUUGUUGGCGGCUGUCCCGCCCGGCGUGGUUGGCUUGGAUUGCAACCUUGGGCAGGUGAUUAGCGGCGAAAUCAACGAGCCAGUGGACAACAUGGCGGGGGACUGCACGCUGUUGAACGCAGUUAUCAACGGGGACGUCGCCAGCAGAAACGGCGGCAGGUUCGAGAUCAGGAAUACAGUCAUCAACGGUGACUUCCAGGCGGAGGAUACGGAAGCGGUGAUCAUCGUGGACACACUUCUUUCAACUGAUGCUCAGUUUGACCGCGUCGGGGAGGUCAGGGCCGAAGGCAUGCUGACUAUGGCCGAUUUCCAAGUGACCGACGUCGGAAGCGCGAGCCUGCGAUGCAUCCCCCCGCUUGGGCCGGGCAGCCCCCCGAAUAUCGGUGCCGUGGAGGCGACCAGGGUGUCAGGGUCCUUCGAGGUCAGUGGUUGCUCCAUAAAUGCGGGAGUCUUCGUGAACCAGAUCGUUGGGAGCGCCACGAUCAGCGACAACGCCGUGAUCAACGGGCCCAUCGUUGCCGCUGGUGUAGGCGGGACGCUGUUCAUCGAAAACAAUUUGAAUGUCAACGGGGGCAUCAGCUGCACUGGGCUCAGUGCAGCCCCAGUGAUCGAGCUGCUGCCGAAUUCGCUGAACGGGAUUUGCGAGCUGGAGUGUGCCGCUGCGUGCCCGGUGCCUUUCAAUCCAUUGCAGUGUAAUGACGGGACAAUCCUCUCGCCGGUGAACGUGCCUACUGGGGUGGUGGACGGCACCGUCAUCAAUUCGGCGGGCGACUGCUCCAUUGUCGGCAUCCAGAUCAGGGGCAACUUUGAGGCCUUUGGCCGGAAUGUUGAUGUCCAGAAUACGCAGGUGAUUGGCAGUGUCGUCGUCGGCGUGACGGGGACUUUUAGCAUCUCUGGGUCCUCCACUACUGGCAACGUCGAUAUUAACAGUGCAACCCAGGUCACUGCCAUCGACAACAACAUCGGAGGCAACUUCAACUGUCCCACCAGUCUCUGCCCCUGA